AUGCCACAAAACUUUCAACAACCCGUAAAAGCAAAAGCUGACUCUAUGGGGAUGAUUCAGGGUUAUAAUUACAACAAUGUGUAUGCUCCAUCGACUGCUAACUUCAACGACAUCUACACGAACACUCUCCAGCUCUCAGAGGAUUCUGCCACUACCACUAUUAAAGACGAAGAUUUCUACAUAACCGGUGCCUCUUUAGUAGAAUUCCAUUCAGAGAAAUUUGAAACCUCAUCUUCAUCGUCACCUUCAAAACACACAAGAUAUUCUGAUUAUUCCAACAAGGUACAGAUUAAUGGAAAAAGAGAGUCUUUACCCUCGCACAGUGCAAUGACGCCUUCAGAAGUUGAUGUUGAUAGUUACGUUAAAGUAAUACCUAUUAAAUAUAAAAGAAUGAACUAUCAACGAGGAGUAUUAGAUCUUCUCUUUCCACCAACAAGAGUGCGGACUUUCAAAAACGUUUUUGAUACUGUCAAGAAACUGCUCUCUCACACAUUUCGUAAAUGA